AUGCCGUCGGGACGCCCCCGCGCGUCUGAUACUGCGGGGCGAGCGUCACCCACGUUCGUCCGCUCUGGAAAUUCCUUCUUAGCGAAGAUCUUCGUGUUUCUCGCCUUUUCCGUGCAAGGGGGCUUAGGGUCCAGCGACGCACGCGCCACCGGCGGCACGAUCACCACCUUCGGCGACUACGUCAUCCACAAUUUCACCUCCAGCGGCAUUUUCCAGGUCACGGACCCCUCUCUGACCGAAGUGGAGGUGCUGGUCGUGGGAGGCGGAGGAGGAGGAGGCUGGGGUUAUGGCGGCGGCGGUGGAGGUGGGGCUGUUCUGUCCUCUGCGAGCAAAACGCUGUCGUCGAAUUCGAUCACUGUCACUGUCGGUAACGGCGGUAACGGCGGUAUAGUCUACGGCAGUGGCCUCGAUGGUGGCGCCAGCGCUUUUGACAGCAUGGUGGCAAAUGGUGGGAAGGGUGGUAUAGGCCGAGGUGACGGCGGCGCAAGCGGCUCUGGAGAAUUGGGUGGAGGGAACAGCGAAUACAUGGGUGGAGGCGGCGGUGGCGCUGGAGGACCAGGGGAGACAGUACUCUCGAAUAAAGGUGGUGACGGUGGCCCGGGCGUUGAAUCGGCCAUAUCUGGUACCUCCAAUUAUUAUGGCGGUGGCGGCGGUGGCGGCGUCUACAUGAGCGGCAACCCUGGCGAUGGAGGAUUGGGUGGCGGUGGGUCAGGCGGAUAUUACAACCCAGCCGCGACUGCCGGACUUGGUUAUUCGGGUUCGGCCUACACAGGGGGCGGAGGUGGUGGCGGUGCAUAUGAUUUUGGCCCGGGCCCGGGCAAUGGAAGUCCAGGCGGCUCCGGCGUCGUCAUCGUCCGCUACAAGAAGAAAGCCGCCAGCACGCCGUCGGUAGGAUCCAGCGACGCACGCGCAACCGGCGGAACGAUCACCACCGUCGGCGACUACAUCAUCCACAAUUUCACCUCCAACGGCACGUUCGCCGUCACGGACUCCUCUCUGACCGAAGUGGAGGUGCUGGUCGUGGGAGGCGGGGGAGGAGGAGGCGGCAAUAUUGCUGGCGGCGGUGGAGGCGGGGCUGUUCUGUACUCUGCGAGCAAAACGCUGUCGUCGAGUUCCAUCACUGUCACUGUCGGUGGUGGCGGCGCUGCCGGCUAUCCUGGCCUCGAUGGUGGCGCCAGCGCCUUUGACAGCAUGGUGGCAAACGGCGGGAGUGGUAGUAUCGGGGGACCCUCUGGUCGUGCCGGCGGGGCAAGCGGCUCCGGGAAUGUGGGUGGAGGCGCAGGCAACACGAACAUGGUGGGUGGAGGCGGCGGUGGCGCUGGAGGACCAGGGGAGGAUGCACACUCUGAUGGCAUGAAUCAAUACGGUGGUGAUGGCGGCCCGGGCGUUCAAUCGGACAUAUCUGGUACCUCCAAUUACUUUGGCGGCGGCGGCGGCGGGAGCAGCGACAGCAACGUCCCUGGCGAUGGAGGACAGGGUGGAGGUGCGCAAGGAGGGAUGGGGUAUCGAUCUACGGCUUCUUCGGGUUCGGCAUUUACAGGAGGCGGGGGUGGUGGCGGUGCAUAUUCCGGUACUGGAGGAUCAGGCGGCUCCGGCGUCGUCAUCGUCCGCUACAAGAAGAAAGCCGCCGCCACGCCGUCAGUAGGAUCCAGCGACGCACGCGCAACCGGCGGCACCACGAUCACCACCUUUGGCGACUACGUCAUCCACAAUUUCACAUCCAACGGCACGUUCACCGUCACGGACUCCUCUUUGACCGAAGUGGAUGUUCUGGUCGUGGGAGGCGGAGGCGGGGGAAGCGGAAAUUGGGGCGGCGGUGGGGGAGGUGGGGCUGUUCUGUACUCUGUGAGCAAAACGCUGUCGUCGAGUUCAAUACCUGUCACUGUCGGUAACGGCGGCACUGGCGGCACUGGCGAAGGUGGAACCAGCGUCUUUGAUGGCAUGGAGGCGAAUGGCGGGAAGGCUGGUAAUGGUGCUUAUGGCGGGGCAAGCGGCUCCGAAAAUGCAGGUGGAUAUGGAGCAACGAAUAUUGCGGGUGGCGGUGGCGGUGGCGCUGGAGGACCAGGGGAGGCAGCAAUCGGUUCAAAUGCUGGUGAUGGCGGUCCGGGCGUUCAAUCGGCCAUACAUGGUGCCUCCAAUCAUUAUGGCGGUGGCGGUGGCGGCGGCGGCGACCCCGGCAUCACCCCUGGCAAUGGAGGGUUGGGUGGCGGUGGGCAAGGUAGGUACGGAUUAGCUUAUUCGGGUUCAGCCUUCACAGGGGGCGGAGGUGGUGGCGCCGGAGGUCCGUAUCCUGGAGGGUCAGGCGGCUCCGGCGUCGUCAUCGUCCGCUACAAGAAGAAAGCCGCCGUCACGCCGUCGUGCACGACGAGCCAGUACCUGAAGGACGGAGCGUGCGUGGCGUGUGCGACGGGGACGACCAGCGCGGGCGGUAACGCGACAGAGUGCACCGCGUCGUCGUCGGCAUCGUCGCCGGGGGCACCGGCAUCGUCACCGGAAUCAUCGACGCCAUCCUCAUCGCCUGCGCAGGAAAAGAAGGAGACAGCGGAGAAGACCCGCGACUCGAUCCUCGCCGACAUCGCGGACCCUGCGGUGAAGAAAAAAGCCAAGCUCCUCGCCGACGCGGCGAUCGCUGGCGAAACGGUUCAGAGACUGUCCGCCAAGCUCUCGGCCGCGGAUCCGGACGCCGCGUGCGCCUCCGCGUACUCCAAGGCGGCGGUGAGCUCGGGCAAGGGCGCGUGCGUUGCCAAGCCGGAUACCUCAGCCGCCGCCGGGAGACGCCGCCUCUCCGCGACGACGUACAACGUCGAGCUCAUGUUUAAAUCAUCCGAGGUGAGCGACGACGCGCUCGCCGCGGCUGCGAACGAGCUCAAGGCGAACGGCGUGGAGGGCGUGACGUCCCAGACGUCCGUGGAUCCGAUGCAGGAGCUCAAGGUCAUCCCCGGCAUCGACACCAACAAGCUUCAAACGUUUGACAAAGAGGCCAAGGCGGCGGCGGCGGCGGCCCCGUCGCCCUCGAGCGAGCAGCCUCCCCCGCCCCCGCCGCCGCCGAGCCCGCCGCCGCCGAGCCUUGUGGAGGACGACGACGACGCGGCGAUGGGGCCGGGAGGAGGGCUCGUCGCCUGCGUCGCCGCGAUGCUGGCGAUCGUGCUAAUGGACGAGGUGUUCGAGUCCAUCCCCACCGUCCACGCCCUCCACGCCUUCAUCCGGUACCUCGACCUCGACGACCCGACGCUCGUCGACAUCAAGCUGCACCGCUCGGGGCGACACCCUGACGACAUCUACUGGUCGUGCGACCCGAAGUACGUGGCCAAGGUGAAACUCAUGGGACGCAAACCGAGCGGCGACGACAGCGAGCUGUACAGCAAGCUGCAGGCGGAGAAGGACGCGGUCGUCCGGCAGCAGGCGGAGCGCAACGAGCGCAUCAAGAAGAUGCGUUCGAUGGCGGGGCGAGACUUCAACCCGGAGGACGUCAAGGCCAAACUCCUGCCCGUGUUUCACAACUACGGCGAGUACAGGGUGUUCAGGGACAAGCCCGCGUUCCGCAAGGCGCCAGAGAAGGGAACGGUGCCGCCCGAGGAGAACGGCAGCUGGGAGAUGUCCACGCUGGGUUGGCAGCGGCUCAUUCGCGAUUGCCAGCUCCUCGACAACUCCAUCUCGGUGACCGACGUGGACACGGUGUUCACCCGCGUCGACGCGGGUUUGGGCACCGACGUCAACAACAAGGACGACCGCGCGAGGCGGUACAAGACCCGGAACGCGUUCGGGGACCUGCGGAUAAACUUUGACGAGUUUCAGAGCGCGCUGAGGGAGGCGGCGAAGCUUCGUUACCCCGAGGCUGAGGACGCGGAUCGAGCGUACGAAGCCCUGGUUCGGAUUUACAUCCUUCCCCACGCGUCCAAGACGCCGAUGAAACCCCAGCCGGACCUGGAUGACCUACUCUCCAGGAACGCCAUGAACGAGAUUCGCACGCGGGAGAAGACGCUCAAGCGCGUGUACGCCCACUACGCCACCCUCAACAUGUACAGCUCCACGACGGAGAAGAUCACGUGGAGGACCAUCGAGAAGCUCAACGCCACCCUCAACGAGGACGAGUUCGUCACGUGGCUCGUGAACUUCGAGGUGGUCCCGCACCUCAUGAGCAAGGGCGAGGCUCUGGCCAUCUUUCACGAGGUUGAGGAGGCGAACGACGCCGACGGCGAGGUUGGCGAGAUGCUCUACCCGGCUUUCACCGAGGUUCUCGGCCAGCUCGCCGUGACGGCGUUCGCCAACGUGGCGCCGAUGCUGCGCAACCCCCGGACGGACGUCGCCGUCGUGAACGCCAUGCGGAAGAUGUGCGAGAACGUCCCGAAGCAGUACUGGAUGAUGGGCACGAUCGGGCGACUGUUUCGCGAGCGAGGGUACUUUUCGCACCCCGGCGGGAAGACGCUGCCCCGAGAACGCGAUCGAACCAAGGCGGCGCUUCGGUUCGCCGAGACGGAACGCGUGACGCGAACGUCGCGAAUGGGGGCGUGGCAGGGCCGGCUCGGACGCACGGGGACGUUACAGAGGGAGCCCGGCACACGCGCGUGGGUCCCCGGGGGUAGGUCGGACGACGUGAGACACGCGGGGCCGGGCGGUAUCAAGGCUGAGUACGGCUACCAGCAGUCGCCCGGGAAGCUGGAGCACCCGCACAUGUACCCGGUGACGCACCCGGCGCCGUGGGACACCCACGACCUGGCGUACAAGCGCGCGCAGAGGCAGCGGGAGGCGGUGGAGCGGCUGAGGGACCGCGCUCGGAAACUGUCGGAGAACACCCACCCUUCGGAGGGUCGAGCGUGGUUGGAGAAGAACGUCCGGGAGCACGCCGGGGACGCCAGCUUCGAGCUCGACGACGACCACUACGCGUCCAUCAUGCGAAGGGACCGCGUGUACGACGCGGAGGACGACGAGGCGUGGGACGGUAUCGAAGCGACGGGGGCGCACCCCGACGGGGGCCACCCCUUCGUCCCAGCCACGCCGUUCGGCCCGCGCCGGUGGGACAUCAGGUCCUUUCACACCAGCACCGGGUACGACGCCCAGCCGGCGCGACAGUCGUUGGCGCGAGACACGUUCCCGGACAGGACCUUCCGCGGCAUCUCCAACCGCAGGCGCGGGGUCAAGUACACACCGUUUUAUCCCCCGGUGGAGCGCGUGGGUCACGGCCCCGCAAUCGGAGGUUUGGUUCGGAAAAAGGACGAGAUUCGCGUCAGGGUGGAUCCGCUCGCGGUGGAACCCGGCGAGUACGGCGAGGAAGGGGCGGCGGAGGCGGCGGCGGAGGCGGCGGAGCGCGAGCUUCGGCAGCUGGAGAUCGAGGCGGCGCGCGAGGAGGUUGGCGAGGAGGUUGGCGAGGAUGUUCCCGGAACAGAUCCGGAAUCGUAUCCAACCUUCGAGGACGUCCACGCCAUCCUCGAGAGCGCCUCGCCGACGCGAGUGCGCCGCGCCGCCAAACCCUUCGGCGGGGGUAUACCACUCGUGCGAUCGCCCGGGUCCCGAACCGCGCACUCGCCCCGCAUGGGCAUCGCGUUUGGCAAGCGAGAGGAUCCCGACUCGAACCCGCUGCGAACGCGAUGGGCUCCGCCGACGGCGACGCCCGCGAAAGGGCUCGGCGCGGAGCGCGAGGAGGACCCCGGCGCCGCGGUGGCCGAGGUCGAGGCGCUGGGCAGCGAGUGGUUCGAGGAGCUUCGCGAGAAGGCGAUGAGCCGUCGGAGCGACGCGAUGUUGCUGACGGAGUGGCGGAAAAAGUUGGGCACAAAGGAGGCGAGGUUGAAGAACGAGGCGGACAUGGAGACGGUCCGCCGGGGUCUGCGCGCGCAGGCCGCUAGCAGGGCUGAGAAAUUCGGCUACUGA